AUGGACCAGCCAAGAACCUCUCAAAUCAGACCGCUGUCAGAGCUUUCCGUUAAGGAUGCAGACUACAAGCGAUUACUCACCUUUAUGCGCAACCUCGUCGAAGAACCCCUCGCAGGCGACGAAACAACACCCCGAAUACCAUUCACUAACGAAUGGCUCACAGCAGUGGACAGCCUGAAUACGUUCUUCGAUAUGGUCCCUUCUCACGGCGAAAUUGUCUGGAGUGACCAGGCGGACCUACUGGCCAUGGUGGAGAUGUCUUUGCAGGUGGUGGGAUUGAUUGCACUUCGCGUGGAGCGCGUCUUUAUCGGAAAUGACGAUAUUGGUCGGAAAACCUUAACGAAACUGCUGAACCUCGACUAUGCGUUGGGCCACUGGAUAGACGAAGCUAUCCCUCGCGAAGUUACAACACUCAGACCUAUGGUACUACAAACUAUUCUAGCGAUAUGUCGUUCUCUUGAUGCCCCCACUGCCAACCCGGGAACCAGUGCAAGCCUGCUUUCAGAUAUCAUGGAAGAGCAACUUCACGCUUUAGAAGAACUAAGUCAACUGUUGCCGUUGUCCAAGUUUCCAAUCACCUUCAGACCGUUCUCUGUCCCCAGGAUUAACCAUGAGAGUGAUGGUUCUUUCGGGGCCACUCUCGACAGCAUAGCGGAUGUUCCGGUCCUCGCCGUCACCAUUGUCUCUGCGUUGGUACAGACGCUCGAUAUCCCACUUCCUUUCUCCAUCCCUGGUUUUGUCAACAGCAGAGCAGCAGAUGCAGAUACUGUCGUGGAACUACUACGGUAUCAUCCAUGGGCAGGCGAAAACGACGAGCUUUUGGCCAUAGUGGGAGUGUACCUCAGCCAGUGUAUUCCUCGCCUAUCGCCACAAUCUUUAGAGUCGAUUGCCAACAAGGCUGCAACCCUCUCGGUGGGCCCUGUUAGUGAGAUGCUACAAGGGAUCCUUGUUGAGGCUCGAACACACCAAACGCCGAAGGCCGACAAUUUAUCAGAGUCCCCCUCUUGGAAGGCUCAAUUCAGAGUCUUAGCCUCGGAGUUGAUUCUUCCAGAUGAACUCAGUUGGAUGGACGAAGAUAACGGAAAUCUCGAUGAAGCAUCCAUUGCGCAAGCAAUGAACGACGUUCGAAUCCGGUUUGAGAGGCCAUUGAAAGACAGGUCGUCGAAUGCACGCCUUGCGUUAGCAGAUCGUUUGACGCGAUUGCCAUGCGUUCUUGCGAAGUGUUGCCCACAAGUACAUCGCAGAUUGUCCAACAUCUCACUCCUCCCCUUCGUCCAAACGUUAUUAGCACGCCUUCUUGAUGGUUCGUUGGAAGAGGCUGACGCUGAUGUGCGGUCGAGGGUAUAUAAUGCUUACAGUGCCAUCAUGGCCCAUGACGCACCGAUCUAUAGUAAGCAGGAGCUCGAACAAACGUUAGGGGUUCUUAUACGUGGACUGUGCGACAAGGGCCGCACGGUUAGGCUAUCUGCCGGGCGCACUCUCCAUCAAAUGACACGAUCGUAUGGGACUGCAGAAGGUCUUCCUGUCGCUUCAAUCUUUAAUCAUCUGUAUCGUAUCACAGAGAUGCAUUCAAUGCGAGAAACGGAGACACUUCUCAUCACUGUGGGCUUGAUUGCAAGAACGUCAGAGCCUGACUUACUGGAGCACAGUGUCUGUUUUCUGAUAUCUCACCUGUCGAGGCAAAACCCCUUGUUGAAGUCACUCUCUUAUACGCAGUUUCUGGCAGUGGCUAAGCACCUCAAAAGGUCGCCCUACAACCUUGUUCAGCCCUCCAUGAAUAUGGUCGCGCCCUUUCUUGUGAUGCGCAUGGUCACACAGCCAGGCUUGCUCGCUGAGACCUGUCGCCUAAUUUCAGUAAACCCAACGGACUUCAUCUCGACGACAUUGCCACGGACGCUCCCUCAGGUGUUCGCCAAUUCGGAGGCUAGGGUGUUGGAAAAAAUCUGCCAAGAGGUUCAAAUGGACUCCACUCAGCUCUUCAUGAAAUACGCACACGAUAUUUUGGCACACGUCUUUCUACUACCGAGUCAACUCGCUACCCAACAAGGCCUGAACUUUGUGAAAGGAGUCAUGAAUUCUGGCCGGAAUGCCAAUAGUACCCCGAUUCAUAGGAUCAUCACAAGUUGCUUGGUUCCACUGCUGGCAGAACUAGUUGUCAGCUUAGGCGACGAAACCGGAGGGAACUUGGCUGUAGACGCGCUUGACAAGGUUAAUAAGGCUCUCUCGGAGCCCCAGGCAAGCAGCAAGUCCUCGGGUUCAGGCGAGCUCCUCAAAGAGCACAUGUUGGGGAUCAUCACAAGCAUCAGUCAAAUGCUUCAAGAACUGCGGGGCAAACAAUCUGUGGCUUCAAAACGUCGUAUAUUGCGCAGUUUCGGGAUCUUAUUUACAAUCAUUGGUUCCUCUAUCAGUAACGUCGCCCCCCAGAUAAUGGCUACUUUUCAAACCAUGGUCGUGAUACCAGAGCUUGCGGAGGUGACACUUCACAGCUGGAUGCAAUUCGUCACGACUCUCGGUGAUAGCGAUGUUGGGCCUCAUGUUGGCCCGAUUAGCGCGACGCUGGUAUCCUGCUGGCCAGCCUUCUCUUCCAUUGCCCAAGACUCCGCGAAGCAACUCAUCCGCCACAUCGUUUUUGUGCUUGGCCCACGAUUGGCCAACAACCUUGACGAAAUUGUGGACUUGUCGUCCGUACCAGAACUCCGAGAAGAAGCUGACAGGCUGGGGGUACUCCGAGGGAGCAGCGAGCCACCACAACGCUUGAGCCGCAUACUGGAUCGGGCGCACAAUGCAAAUGUGUCUGUUGCCCUACAAUCCUUACGCGAACUAAAACGGUUCAUGGCGGAUGAACACCAAGACUUCAUACGGGAGUUGGCUUCUGGCGACAUGUUUGAUCCCCUUGUGGGCCAAAUUCUAUCUACACUCUUUUCUGCCGCAUGCCGUGACAAUGAAGGGACCGAAGAAGUGCACCAUUUAGCCUACGAAUGCAUUGGGAUUUUAGGCGCAGUCGAUCCUGAUAGGUGUGAUAUCAGGCCCAGUGACUCCCGGAUGAUCAUGAUGCGAAACUUUGUUGACGAAGAUGAAUCCACGGCCUUCGUGUUACAUUUAAUCAGUGAUCUCCUGGUCGGUGCCUACCGGUCUACCAGCGACAUCAACUAUCAAGGACAUCUAGGAUUCUGCAUCCAGGAGCUACUCAAAUUCUGUCAAUUUACACCGGGGCUAGUCGCUGCGACAAUCACGCAAUCAAUCCCGUUGAAGGUACGGAACCGGUGGAAAGCACUUCCUAAGCACGUUCUAGAGACCGUCACUCCGCUGCUCGGCGGACGAUUCACUUUAACCCUGAAUCCUACCUCGACACCUGAACUUCCUAUAUACCCAAAGCAAUCUACUUAUCGGGAAUGGAUUCAGCUAUGGACGGUCCACCUCAUAAGUAGAGCUUCGGGCGCGACUGCACAGAAAAUAUUUGGAGUUUUCCGCUCUGCCGUACGAAACAAGGAUGUUGGCGUUGCCCGUUUUCUUCUUCCCCACUUAAUCUUGAACAUUCUUAUAUCUGGUCGAGAAGACGACAGGGAAGCCAUUCUAUUCGAAAUACUAGCCGUUUUGCGGGAUCAAGAUACCUCUGACAGUGCCUCUUCUCCCGACAAGAAGCUUCUUAGUGCUCAGGCUAUCUUCAUGUUGCUGGACCACUUGAGCACAUGGGUUCGCGUCAUGCGCCAAGAGGUGAAUUCAAAGAAGCAGGACACAGCCAGGAGGGCUCGAAUUACGUCUGUAUCUGACGAGGAAUUGUUGCAAGUCGAUUCUAUCCUCUCGAGCAUCGACCAAGAGUUGAUGGCGAAGGCGGCACUGCAAUGCAAGGCGUAUGCACGCUCAUUGAUGAACUUCGAACAGCUUGUUCGGACCACGAGGGAGCGGUCGCCCGCGAGUCCGACACUACAUUCUUCUUACGAACGGCUUCAUGAAAUAUAUGCUUACUUGGACGAGCCCGAUGGGAUGGAAGGCGUGUCGGCGUUGAUACUCAAUCCGUCUCUCGAGCAUCAAAUUCGACAGCAUGAAAGCUUGGGUCAAUGGACGUCUGCACAAAGUUGCUGGGAGUUGUGCUUACAGAAGGAGCCUGACAACCUCGACCUUCACUUGGGUCUUUUGCGAUGUUUGCGUAAUCUGGGCCACUACGAUACAUUGCGUACCCAUGUCAAAGGCAUCUUGACUCGCAAUCCAGGCUGGCAAGGAGCCUUGGCCGGGUUCCAAGUUGAAAGCGCCUGGUUAGUCAACGCGUGGGAUGAAGUCCAAGAAUUGGUGAAAACCUCGUCGUCGCAGACUCCCUCCGUGAUUAUGGCCCAGGUCUUGCUGGCGAUGCGUACAGGAGAACCAAAUACUCUGAAAGAGGCCUUGUCAUCAGGUCGAAUUAUCCUUGGGGCGCCUAUCACGGCCUCAGGUGUCAAGGGUUUCCGGCACGCUUACGAUUCACUGCUUGACCUGCAUAGAACGUACGAACUUGAGCUGAUCAGCAAUGUCGUCAAUUUGAAGAGCGGAAUUCCUGGCUCGGCCGAACAGCGACGCCAGGCUCUCAAACAAUUGUCAAGAACGCUGGAAGGUCGGUUAGACACUGUUCUUCCAACGUUCCGGGCGCGUGAAUCCGUGUUGAGUAUCCGGCGGACCGCGUUUGCAAUCCACCCAGAGUUAGCUAAGUUUGCUGCAGAGGUAGGAAAAUCUUGGCUCUCUAGCAGCAAGAUUGCCCGAAAAGCCGGCCAAUGGCAAACGGCUUAUAGCGCGACAUUGCACGCACGGCAGGUUGAUGACAGUUACGCCUUUAUCGAGAGUGCGAAGCUCCUCAAGGCAACUGGCGAGCCACUCCGCGCUUUGCAGGAGUUAGAGAACACCAUGCGCCAGCUUGGGUUGUCGGAGGAUUCGACGGUGGUGAAUCUUACUCUCGACGAGGAAGAAAUGAAGAAAUUAAAGGCAAAGGCGGAAACUCUUCGUGCUCGAUGGAUGGCGGAAUCAGAUCGCUUUGAGGAUGGACAUGUCCUAAGGGUGUUUACGUAUGCCGCAAACAUCUUUCCCAAAUGGGAGGGCUGCAACUACCACUUGGGGCUUUAUCACGACAAUACUUACAAAGCUCUUGACGAAAGAGAAAUACCAACCAGGGGUCCUAAAUUAUGCUAUUAUACGGUCAAGUAUUUCAUCAAAUCUCUCAAAUACGGCUCGAAGCACGUAUAUCAAACUGUGCCACGGCUUCUUACAGUAUGGCUGGAUAUGGCCGAUAACGAGAAAAUGGUCACAUCUGAUCAAUUCCCAAAGAUCAACGAACUUAUUAUUCGAGCCUUUCAAGAAAUUCCGCUGUACAAAUGGUACAUAGCGUUCCCUCAGAUCGUCUCGCGAGUCGGCCAUCAGAAUAAAGACGUUAUCAAAAUCCUCAAUCCCCUCAUGAUUUCGAUCCUCCGCACGUAUAUGCCUCAGGCCUCAUGGCUGUUUGCUUCCAUCAUCCAUUCAAACAACCAAACACGGGCGGAGCGGGGCCGACUGCUCUUAGACAAGAUGCGGAGUGACCCAAAGAACCAGAGGGGCGUGAGCACCAUGAUACAAAACUGUCUCAAAAUGAUAAGGGAGCUAUUGCGUAUCUGCCAACAUCCAGCUCGCUCAGAGACGAAGCUGAGCAUUGCCCGGCAUUUCCCUGCUUUACAGACCUUGACUGGAUGUUCCCUAAUCAUUCCGCUCCAACAAUCGUUGACGGCCAGCAUGCCGCCGCCCUCUGCAGCAACCCAGGUACAGCAUCAUCCAUUUCCUCAGAAUUCACCAACGUUUGCAGAGUUCCAAGACGACGUCGAGGUCAUGAGUUCCCUCGCGAAGCCACGCAAAGUCACGUUGAAGGGGAGCGAUGGGCUGAUCUAUUCCUUCCUCGCCAAACCGAAAGACGACUUGCGUAAGGACGCAAGAAUUAUGGAUCUUAACACGGUUGUCAAUAAGUUGUUGAGUGGUAGUUCGGACUCCCGCCGUAGACAACUGCACAUUCGCACUUACGCUGCCAUUCCUUUGAAUGAUGAAUGUGGGUUGAUACAAUGGGUACCGAAUACGGUUUGCAUGCGUCCAAUCCUAGUGAAGGCAUACCACGCCAAGAAGCUACCACCUUGGGGCGGUGAGUUGAACGAGGAUUGCGCGAAGAUCAAAGAGGCCAAGCUCAAAGACGUGGGCAAAGUCUUCCAGGCUACAAUUCUGGCGCGAUAUCGUCCCGUCUUUCACGAAUGGCUUUUAGAAACCUUCCCUGAGCCUUCAGCUUGGUUGGCGGGUCGCUUAACCUACAGUAGAACUGUAGCCGUGAUGUCCAUCGUUGGGUUCAUGGUGGGUCUGGGGGAUCGUCACUGUGAGAAUAUCUUGCUAGACACAAACACCGGAGAUGUCGUACAUUGUGAUUUCAACUGCUUGUUCGAGAAGGGCAAGCUUUUGGAGACUCCGGAGCGUGUACCAUUCAGGCUAACACAGAAUGUGGUCGAUGGUUUGGGGAUCACUGGUACUGAAGGCGUAUUCCGCGUUGCGUGCGAGCUGACACUUCGCCUCUUACGUGAGCACAAGGACACGGUUAUGUCCAUCCUGGAUGCGUUCAUUCAUGACCCCCUUGUUGAAUGGGAGGAUGAGAAGCGCAAAAUGACUGCAAAGGAACGGGACCGAAAGAAUCAAGUCAAAGACUCUGUAGAUCUUAAGAUGCUUGCCAAAAAUGCGCUGGUGCCCAUGGAAAAGAGGCUUAAAGGUUAUUAUUCUCCGAAGGAUUUACAUCGUGGCCCAACGAAAGAAGUGUCUGUCAGCAACCUCGUACAAUUGCUCAUCCAAGGGGCGACUGACCUAGACAAUCUGGCUCGAAUGUAUCCCGGGUGGGCGCCGUGGUAUUGA